UCGUUUUCAUUUUCUUUGCGGAACGGAAAGGUGUCCACGAAAUAAGAUUGACACGCUUUCUAUUUAUUUUUAUAAAAAUACAGUUAAAUCUUAUUUAUCUUGUACAAAUUAACAUCGUUUCGAUAAUAAAUAAAUAAUUUGCAUAAGAAAAAUCUGUGAAAAUGUCUACUAUCUUAGAAAAAAUUGCCGCGAUCGAGUCGGAGAUGGCCCGUACUCAAAAAAAUAAAGCCACAGCUCUUCAUUUGGGAAUUCUAAAAGCCCGGCUUGCUAAAUUGAGGCGAGAAUUGAUAACUCCUAAGGGUGGUGGCGGCGCAACGGGCGAAGGGUUCGAUGUGGCCAAAACUGGUGAUGCCCGUAUUGGCUUUGUGGGCUUCCCAUCAGUGGGCAAGUCGACAUUACUUUCUAAUUUGGCAGGAGUGUACUCUGAGGUAGCAGCAUACGAGUUCACAACUCUCACUACUGUACCAGGAUGUAUUAAAUACAAAGGUGCUAAGAUUCAACUCCUCGAUCUGCCUGGUAUCAUUGAAGGAGCCAAAGACGGCAAAGGUCGAGGUCGGCAGGUCAUAGCAGUAGCCCGGACUUGCAGUCUCAUCUUCAUAGUGCUGGACGUGCUGAAGCCGUUGCAGCAUAAGAAACUGUUAGAGCAUGAGUUGGAAGGCUUCGGGUUGCGGUUAAACAAGCAGCCUCCUAACAUACAUUUCAGAAAAAAAGACAAAGGAGGAAUCAAUUUAAACUCUACUUGCCCCCAAACCGAGCUGGACAUGGAAACGGUGAAGACCAUCCUCUCUGAGUACAAGAUCCACAAUGCUGACAUAACGCUGCGAUAUGACGCGACCAGCGACGACCUUAUCGACGUCAUCGAAGGCAACAGGAUCUACGUGCCUUGCAUUUAUUUACUGAAUAAAAUUGACCAAAUUAGCAUAGAGGAACUGGACGUAAUCUACAAAAUCCCGCACUGUGUUCCAAUCUCGGCUCACCACAAAUGGAACUUCGACGACCUACUGGAGAAAAUGUGGGAAUACCUCAAACUUAUCAGGAUAUACACCAAACCUAAAGGACAACUGCCCGAUUAUAACUCCCCAGUGGUAUUGCAUGCAGACAGAACGAGCGUUGAAGACUUCUGUAAUAAGCUGCAUAGGUCCAUUGUUAAGGAAUUUAAAUACGCCCUCGUGUGGGGCUCGUCGGUGAAGCAUCAACCGCAGAAGGUUGGCAUCGAACACAUUUUAGCUGAUGAAGACGUGGUUCAGAUUGUGAAGAAAGUGUAAAAUGACAGUCUCCUGAGAUUAUAUUUUUGGAAGUAAACGCAUCCUAUUGAUUGCCUGAUGUUAUAGUCCAGUGAAUGUGUAAGGACAUACAUACAUACAUACAAAUAAUCAUGUCUAUAUCGCUUGCCGGGUGAACAGAGCCAAUAAGUCUUGUAAGGACAUUUUUAUUAUAAAGUGUAUCCCGUGUUAAACAGUAAGGUUAAAAGUAUUCUAGGUAUGUUAAUGAAAUAAAUAUAGUAUAUUUUGUGGCUUGAAACAAUUGCUGGAUUGAAUUCUUUUGACGGUAAUUAAUUCUAAUGUCACGAGUAAAAGCCCAAUAUAUAUUAUUUUUAAAAGUAAACUAGGGCUUUUCAUGAAAUAAUAAUAAUGAUGAAAUAACAUUAGAAGUUAUAAAAAAUUACGUUUUUGUUAAGUGACUGUUUAUGUGUAAGACAUAUUCACUCACGUUUUUUGAUGAGAAAAGGGCUAAUUUUCAGUUGGUACAGCUUAUAUUUUUUGUAUAUUUAUCAAUACAUACGUAUAAGAAAACAGUGGCGGAAAAAAAUCGUUUUAACAUUGAAUAUAUUAAAAUAAAAAUUUACCUGUUAACCUAGCACAUUCAUCGGACUUGACAUCUAAAGGAAUUGUUAUUGUUAACAAAUGAAAUUAUAUAAGGGUUGUUUAUAAUUAACAUACAAUAUUCAAGUGCAUUUAUUUGAAUUGCUAUGAAUGAUUGUAACUCAAGC